AGAAACUCACACACCUUGACAAUCUGUCUGUCCGUCUGCAGCUGCGUGACUGUCUGUCUCUGCCAUGUCUCUCUCCCCAUGCCGGGCCCAGAGGGGCUUCAGCUCUCGCUCAGCCUGUUCUGCUCGCUCAAGGGGCUGCAGCAGGGGAGGCUUCAGCAGCAGGAGCCUUAAUUCCUUUGGGGGGUGCCUGGGAGGCUCUCGUGGGAGUACCUGGGGGUCAGGGGGAAGGCUGGGGGUGCAGUUUGGGGAGUGGAGUGCUGGGCCUGGGCUCUCCCUGUGCCCUCCGGGGGGCAUCCAAGAAGUGACCAUUAACCAGAAUCUGCUGACCCCACUGAAGAUUGAGAUCGACCCCCAGUUCCAGGUGGUGCGGACGCAGGAGACCCAGGAGAUCAGGACCCUCAACAACCAGUUUGCUUCCUUCAUUGACAAGGUGCGGUUCCUGGAGCAGCAGAACAAGGUCCUGGAGACCAAAUGGCACCUGCUGCAGCAACAGGGGUUGAGUGGCAGCCAGCAGGGCCUGGAGCCUGUCUUUGAGGCCUGCCUGGAUCAGCUCAGGAAGCAGCUGCAGCAGCUCCAGGGAGAACGAGGGGCUCUGGAUGCUGAGUUGAAGGCCUGCCGGGACCAGGAGGAGGAGUAUAAGUUCAAGUAUGAGGAGGAGGCCCACAGGCGCGCCACACUUGAGAAUGACUUUGUGGUCCUCAAGAAGGAUGCGGAUGGGGUUUUCCUGAGCAAGAUGGAGUUGGAGGGCAAGCUGGAGACUCUGAGAGAAUACAUCUGCUUCUUGAAGCAUCUGAAUGAAGAAGAGCUGGGCCAGCUCCAGACCCAGGUCAGCGACACGUCUGUGGUACUGUCCAUGGACAACAACCGCUACCUGGACUUCAGCAGCAUCAUCACUGAGGUCCGCGCCCGGUAUGAGGAGAUCGCCCGGACCAGCAAGGCUGAGGCUGAGGCCCUGUACCAGACCAAGUACCAGGAGCUUCAGGUGUCUGCCCAGCUUCAUGGGGACAGGAUGCAGGAAACGAAAGUCCAGAUCUCUCGGCUGCACCAAGAGAUUCAGAGGCUGCAGAGUCAGAUUGAGAACCUCAAGAAGCAGAACGCCAGCCUGCAGGCCGCCAUCGCUGACGCUGAGCAGCGUGGGGAGCUGGCCCUCAAGGACGCUCAGGCCAAGGUGCACGAGCUGGAGGCUUCUCUGAGGACGGCCAAGCAGAACCUGGCCCAGCUGCUGUGCAAGUACCAGGAGCUGAUGAGCACGAAGCUUUCCCUGGAUGUGGAGAUUGCCACCUACCGCAGGCUGCUGGAGGGCGAGGAGUGCAGGAUGUCUGGGGAGUGCCCCAGCCAGAUCACUAUCUCCUCGGUGGGAGGCAGCACUGUCGUGUCUGGAGGAGUUGGUGGAGACUUGGGGAGCAUUUGUGGACUUAGUGGCGGGAAAAGCAGCUCUGGGUCCUGCUGCACCAGCAUCGUGACUGGAGGCUCCAACAUUAUCCUGGGCUCUGGGAAGGACCCUGUUUUGGGUUCCUGCUCUGUGUCCGGCUCCAGCUCUGGCUCCAGCUGCCACACCAUCCUGAAGAAGACAGUUGAGUCGAGUCUGAAGACAUCCAUCACCUACUGAGUGAGCCAGCAGCCACCUCCUUCCUGAACACAUUUGGCCUGCUCCCCCCAUCAGCCGGCUCUGCACGGCCAACUCUGUGUCCACUGCCCACAGCCCAAGCCAGCCCACAGCGGAUGCUGCAAAAAUCAAUAAAGUCUCCCCUCCUGCCGUUCUGAAUGCUCUAAGUGCUUGCGCACCUCACCCAGCAAAACAAAAGCUGUGUGGCUCCCCAGCCUCCUCUCCUUGGAAGGCAAUCUGUGGCAUAUGUGUGUCCAAACGGGUCCUAUUGGCAUCUCACUCCACAUCCCAGCCACUCUAUCAAGGGAUCCUUCAAG